GGCAUUUGGUCAUCAAAGCCAAAUCACCUGCGCCACUAAAGGUUGCCUUGGCUUUUUUGUGGGUCUCCAGUGGGAAGUCGCUCCUCUGCUCCCUCCUCCACCCCCCCACGUAAAAGCAAAGCCGUACCUUCAAACCUAUGAACCUCCAACCUUUAACCUAAACCUCAAUCAUCUUUCAUCGUCAUCAUCAUCAGCAUCAUCACCUGGCUUUCUUCAUCUCUCCUUGCUCUUCCCCAACGCGACCGCCUAUCUCUUUCGACAAAAUCACACUUAGUGCUUUGCACCACUUAACCCAUUCCAUUUCGCCAACACCCAGAUAUCAUCAAGAUGCGAUCCAAGUUUAAGGACGAGCACCCCUUCGAGAAGCGCAAGGCAGAAGCCGAGCGCAUCCGCCAGAAGUAUGCCGACCGCAUUCCGGUGAUCUGCGAGAAGGUCGAGAAAUCCGAUAUCGCGACCAUCGACAAGAAGAAGUAUCUGGUGCCAGCAGACCUCACCGUAGGCCAGUUCGUCUACGUGAUCCGAAAGCGCAUCAAGUUGUCUCCUGAGAAGGCUAUUUUCAUCUUCGUCGAUGAGGUCCUCCCCCCUACCGCCGCUCUCAUGAGCAGCAUCUACGAAGAGCACAAGGAUGAGGAUGGAUUCCUCUACAUCACCUAUUCGGGCGAGAACACGUUCGGCGAGACUGCCUAAGGCCCUAAGCCUUUUCUCAAUUUCAACUCCCAAACGGCGUUAUGGUUUUAUUCUGGGCUGGACGACAACGAUGCGAUCAUUAGUGGCAACGAAUUACGGAUAAGGCGGGCAUAGCCAUGGCAGAUGGUUGAUAAGAAUGGCAUCUUCCCCGACUAGUUGCGUCAUGGUCCUCAAGGUGUAGAUGACGUUAGUCUUUAAUUUCAUAUCACCAAUAACCAAUGUGGCUUUUGUCCACCGAGUCAUCUUGUGCACAGACUCCAUCGUGAUAUGCCUAGACUCAUUUUUUUCUUCGGGUUGGGUACGAGUACGUAUAGGCAGGAUUUCACCCAUUUCACCCUCGAUUCCUUAAUUCCCUUCUUCGGCUUUCCAGAUGAUUGAUAUGAUGUUAGGUGUGAUAUAUAGACCCACUAUCUUUGGAUAUACUUAUGUACUAAUACGCAGGCCACACUAUCCCCGAACAUAGCUAGCAAAAGGCGGAUCCUGAUCACACAUAUCACCGACAGGAGUAGGAUAGUCGUACUUAAUAAUAAGUUAGGAUGAGAACGCUUCGACAGAAAUCAUCAACUACGGCAUAGAUAGUUA